CGCGCUUGUCGUGUCGUCAUUCCUGGUCCGUGCGCGUGAGCCUAAAGAGCGCCAGGAGUUGCUGUGGGCAGAAACUAAGCGCGACGCAAGCGGAGACUGAACUAAACAUCGGAGACGAGAGAGGAUCUGUCGAAGAUGGCGAGUCAGUCCCAGGGUAUUCAGCAACUCCUGCAAGCGGAGAAACGGGCGGCCGAGAAAGUGUCAGAUGCGAGAAAGAGGAAGACCCGGCGCUUGCGACAGGCCAAGGAGGAGGCGCAGGGGGAGAUCGAGCAGUACAGGACCGAGAGAGAGAGGGAGUUCGCACAGAAACAGCACACGGUGCUGGGCUCCCAGGGGGGUCUGUCCUCCGAGGUGGAGCUGCAGACUCAGCAGAAGAUCCAGUCCAUGACCAAGAGCUACCGUUCUAACCGGGAGGGAGUCCUGCGCCACCUGCUGGCCAUCACCUGUCACAUCAGCCCCCAGAUCCACUGCAACUACCACUGCAGGGCUUAGGGCCAGGGGGACCUGUGGGGGACUGCGUACUGCUGCAGGGGGGGAUAGGGGGA